AUGAGUAUUUUUAUUAUUUUUGUUUGUAGAAAAAAACUCUCUCUCUCUCUUCUAAAAUUCAUUUUUAACGUUCCACAAAUUUCCUCAAAUUUGAAAUUCGAAAUGCGCCAAACACAUCCUUCUUCCUCUUCUCACUUCACCGUCCGGUGCUGACACAUCGACUUCAACGAUGUCGGCGAUUGAAAAGCACGUCGUUCAGAUCUUCGAUGCUAAGAAACGGAUCCUCGACCAGGCUCGUUAUGAGUCCAAUCUCUGGGAGCAUCAUCUUCUUCCCAAACUCAUUCUCAACGGUAUUCCCCCUCCUCCAUGGCUCAGUAACUCCGCUUUUCACUCAGAUCCCAAAGAUUUAAACAUAGAUGGUAUUGUUUCUGAAGGUCUACUAUCGCAGACACAAAUUGGAAUUCCUUUCACAGGUCGUCAAUGCAGUCUAUACAGCAAUCUGGAUGUUGUAUCUGAUGUUCAGCAUUGUGAUGAAAUCCAUGGUUUUAAAAAAGACCGUGAUAUGGGGGGCAGGCUUUCAAAUUUGCCAGAUUGCUCUGUCAACAAUGCUGGAUGUGCUUCAAGCGGUCAUCCAGAAUUGGAUUCGGAUGCUAUUUCACCUCAGAAUCAGAUAGAACCAAGACCCUCGGAGAGUUGCCAUGACCCAGAAGUGUCACGGGUAAAGUUGCAAAGAUCCAGGUCGAGGCAGAAGGCUCUGGAGCUACGUAACAGUGCAAAAGCGUCCAAACGGUUGUCAGGAGAUGGUGAUAAUGCUGGUGAUUGUACUGCUGCAGCUACAGGUUCUGCAUCACCAUCUCUACGGGAAGACCGUAUCAAGGAGUUAAGCUUGGUCAAUGAAUUUCAUCCCAACAACCAAAGUUGUUUGAUGGAAGAAGUCAGAAGAGGGGACUAUCUAACUCAGAAAGAUCCCAAUUCUAAUUACACUGGCCGUAUAACAAGAUCUAAAAGUUCAUCUGAGAAGAUCAACUCUUUGAGUGUAGGUAGUUCUUCUGUAGAGAAGGAAGCUGGUCCUCCAUCUAAUGAUUUGAAUGGGGUAAUGGAGCUAGUCAACCGGGCUUCUUUUAUAAAUGGAAGUUGUGGGGUUCAAGAACCAAAUAUAGAGUUUCAGAACAAGGAAGUUGAAAGCAGUGUCUAUGAUAAGAGAUUAACAAAACCUAGAAGUUCUAGCCAGGCAGAACAUAAUAGUGAAUUAUUGAACUUAGACAGCACCUCAGGAAGAUACAAAGUGGUUGAAGCAUCUGAUUUGAAGCAACCAUGUUCUCAUGUUGAGUUAACCGAUUUAACCAAAACCUCUGAUUGUGGGGUAGUGGAGCUAGUCAACCGGGCUUCUUUUAUAAAUGGGAGUUGUGGGGUUCAAGAACCAAAUAUAGAGUUUGGGAACAAGGAAGUUGAAAGCAGUGUCUACGAUAAGAGAUUAACAAAACCUAGAAGUUCUAGCCAGGCAGAACAUAAUAGUGAAUUAUUGAACUUAGACAGCACCUCAGGAAGAUACAAAGUGGUUGAAGCAUCUGAUUUGAAGCAACCAUGUUCUCAUGUUGAGUUAACCGAUUUAACCAAAACCUCUGAUUGUAUCAGUGGAAGUAAGCGGAAUAUAGUUCAAGAUGAUGACUUCUGCCAAACUAAACAAGAAAGUAACAUUCAAAACAGGUUAAGACUACAUAGAAGUUCCUAUCCAUCACCAGGGGAUGAUUUUUUCACAACUGGUGGUUCUGUAAAGUCUAUUGAUAAAUCAGUGCAAUUGCUUCAACCUUUAAUUUCAAAGAAUUUGCAGGACCCCUCAGCGGCUGUUGUUGGGUCUUUCGGUAGCCAAAAGGAACCUCACACUUCUGCCGUAAAAACAAAAGAACAAUCAAGUAGAAGUGGUUCUGGAAAGGCAUACUUAACUAGAAGUUCAAAGUUAUCAAAGUCUCUGAAUUCCAAUUCACGUGAGCAAAGUGCUACCCAUUUUGAAUCUGCGGGUAAGAAGUCUCAAAAUGUACAGCCUACCAAACUGGAUCCUACAAGGUUAUCUUCAAUUUCAGUGAAUUCUGCAGAGAAGGAGAACAUUGCAGGAGUUGCUGCUUCUAGAAAUACAAGGUCUUUGACUAGUUGCCCAAAAGAAGGACCCUUGAGGUCAGCGAGGUCUUCCAAUUUAGAUGGUGGUGGAUCUUUGCAUGCAGACUCAUUAUACAUUAAAAUAGCUGUGGCUGAAAAGGACUUGGAUGGAUUGAUUGAUAAAGAUCCUUCUUGUUUGGUGUCAAGACUCACUACUGUUAGUCCUAAGGUUAGGGAGGAUGUUGCCGUCUUAAGGUCUUCCCCUGAUUUUGUUAUGUCUGUGAUGCCUAAGCAACUUGUUUUUGAUGAUGGUGAAGAGACCAAUAGUGAUGGAAUAUCUAGCCCUGAUGUGAAAGGACACCAGAGAAUGUCUCCAGAUAAAGAAUCUCUGGCUUUGUCAGAACCGUUGAAGUUACUCAAUGAUGACAUGCAGGAAGUUCGGGGAGAUUCUUAUUCCGAAGCAGUUACUGAAAAUGGUCUGCCAAGACAUACAGACAAAAGUGUUACAAAAUUGAACGAUAGGUUCCCACUUGGUUCUCCUACUGAUGAAUCGAAUGUUGAUUUGGCACAACAUGCCCCAAUUACCAUUUCCUCGGGUCAAAAUGGUGACUUCCAUAAUUUCAAAAGUUCCACAGAUAGUUUCACUAACGAUGUUGAGCAUUCAUGCUCUCAGCAUAAGAGAAGGAAGAUUGAAAUUGAAACAGAGAAAUUUCUUCCUGAUUCUACACACUUGGGGGAAAAGCUAGUUGAUUCUAUAGACCAAAGGCCUGCAAGUGGAAGCUAUUUUGCAUUUGAUCAGGCGGAUGAUAUAGGACAGGAACAUGUUAGUAAUAUCCCAACAGAUGUGAUGGAAGACACCGGGGAAAGCCAAAAAAUGGAAGGGUCUUCAUGUAAAGUGAGAAAAGAAGAGAAACAUAUCUUGGAUGGAAGAGGCAGAAGCUCAGACAGCCUUAUGUUGCCAGAAGCAAUUCCGUUCAGUUUUAUUGACUCGCCAGGGUUCGCCAUGGAAGAGAACGGGGCGUCACAGCAUGUUCAGGUUAAUUCUGGACAAGAUAUUGUAGAAUAUCUGACUUGUGUUGAAAGAAGUACCUCAAGUAGAAUACUUUAUCCCAGAGGUGAUACUGAAUCUUCAGGACUCCAGGAUUUGGAUUUGAUUGGUACUGGCGAAGCUUUACCAGAAUUUGAAGGGUUCCUAAUGCAAACUGAUAAUGAACAAUCAUGCACUGCUCCAGACAAAAUGGAAUUGGAAAUUAUGAAUCUUCCUAGUAACUCAGUAGAAUAUACAUCACAUGGUAGAUCUAGAUUCAUGCAUUCUCCAUUGUGCUAUUCUUCAACUCCAUACAAGUUGGAUAGCCAAGAAAACCUCUAUCAGUCUUUACCUAAUGGACUUCUGGAGGGUUUUGGUUUAAGGACUGGGAGUCCUCUGAAUGAUGGGAGGCCAAGGGCCCUUUCUGAUUGCCAACCAAAAUGUAAUGAUCAGUUUAGAUCUUCAGUCCAAACACUUUGGGAUAGAUUUAAUUCGAACUUCGGCAGUUCAGGAAAGCGUAGGAGUUCGAAACCAGAGCUACCCUGCAUUAGUGAAGAAAAUGAAAAUGUGGAGGAGAUUGCUGGUACCUUCCAGAAAGACAUUGGUUCAGAAGGAAUGACUGGGUCAAUUAUGAGAGGACCACUAGCUGUGAUUGUAAAUAAUUCAAACCCUUCUACAUCAGUUUUACAAGAUGCAUUAGCUAGUGGACGUGAGGAUCUUUUGAACUCAGAAUUUAACUUGGAUGGGACUAACAAUAAAGUAAAAAAGAAACUUGACAAGCAGGACGGAGUUAGGACAAGAUUUACCAGUAAGGGGAAGGAUAACCACAGUAUAUCUCUCGGAGCAAAUGGUGCCAAGAGGAACUCCGAAUCAGUCCGUAAAGGAUCCAGUAGGCCAAAGUUAUCUAAAGAUAGUAUGAAACAACAACGUCCCACUUUUUCUGGAGGGAAGUCUACACGCAAGAAUAUUGUAUCUAAUAUUACUUCCUUUAUUCCAAUGGUGCAGCAAAAACAAGCAGCAGCAGGAUUAACAGGCAAGAGAGAUAUCAAAGUAGUGAAGGCCCUGAAGGCUGCUGCGGCUGCCAAGGAUGCUGCUGAGAAGAUAGAGAAUGAGCGCAAGAGAAAGAAGGAGGAGCAGUUAGAGCGGAUGAAGAAAAAGAAAGAGGAAGAAAGAAAGAAGGAAGCUGAAAUGCCAGCAAAAAAAAGACUAAGGGAAAAUGAAGAGAAAAAGAAAGAGGAAGAAAGAAAGAAGGAAGCUGAAAUGCCAGCAAGAAAAAGACAAAGGGAAAACGAAGAGAAAAAGGAAAACCAAAGAAAAACAAAGCAUGUUAAUGAAAUGAAGCAGCAAGAGAAAAAGAAAGAAGAUUCAAAAGUACAUUGGCGAGCUACAGGUGAAGAAGUCUGUGAAAACAGGAAAAUUAUGGAUGGAAGAGACAAUCAUAACAACAUGCUACUGCAAGAGAAUAGACAAGGCAAUGCGGAAAAAAAUUCAGAACCUGAACCUUUGACCAUUAGGGAUUCACCUAAUAAUACAACCAAGGAAAGGUGUCGUGAAAAGUCAGAAUCUGUGAGCGAAUGUGCCAAUAAAGGAAAGGAAUCAAUGGUUGAUUUGAUCAAAGAUGUUGAAGAUAAUGACCUGAUCAUCAAAAACUCACUUCAAGAGCAAUCAUAUGAGAUGUCUCCAUAUAGAUCAGAUGAUGAUGAAGAUGAGGAUGACAUGCCAAAUCAUAAGUUUAUUCCAUCAUGGGCAAGUAAGCAUAGCCUGUCACUGAUUGUUUCUUCCCAGAAAGUGGAUCCACAAACAAUAUUUCCUCGGCAAAGUUUUUGCGAUAUAGCAAAAGUUCUCCUGCCUCGGAAGCUUCAGUUAUAGUUCAAAGUCAGGACUCCAUAACAUAGUGAUUCUCCCAUCUCACAAUACAGGAUUUUGUAUUAAGUUUUUGUAGAGCUUUUUUACGGAUUAGGCGCAGCUGCAAAGAUGAUCAGAUGAUCUCUGCCCUGUCUUUUUAUAUUUUGCUGCACCCUCAAGUCUGCUGCUUCUGUCAAUCCUAGUUUUUGUUUAAGAUAUGUCCUUUUGUACAGUUAAUUAGUAAAUUGUAAAAGAAGUCGAUAUUUGUAUGAAAUUCAUUGUUAAAAUGAAGGGAGGAUCUGCUAUCUUUCAAGGCCCUUAAACUCGACAACAGUUAUAUUAGAAUGCGAAUGUGAAUGUACAUGCUGGUUGGUAGGCAUAGGUUUUCGUGCUCAUGCUCAAGACCUCGAGCUCGAUGACCGGCUUUGAGGGUGUUGUGACAUAAUUCUUUGGUACUAAUGUUAAUGUCGAUUGAUGAUACUUUAGUUUAA